CUGGGUUAUUUUUCUGCUUUUCGUGGCUGGGAACAGUGUGAGGAGUGCACUUUUCGUAAGGGAAUUAUAUGCCGAGAAUGAAUUGUGGAAGAAAUAGGUGAAGAAAAGUAUCGCGAGGGCGUGUGUAUCUGUGACCCGAAUGAACACUCUGCCUCGAUUCAUAGGAGUUAAAAAAAAAAAAAAAAAACUUCCUGUUUUUGGGUUUCCUUCGUUAUUUCGAGGAUUCUACCGAACGCCAGGGGAUUACUUACGCAUUAGCAGAAGCUACGACAGUUACCAAAUAAUAGGAUAACAUUUUAGAAACAAUGAGGAAAUAAACCGGGAAGGAGGAAAAUAGGUGUGGUACAAGUGCAUGUAUUACUAACUCUCAUAACAAAGAUGUCGGCAAAGAUCCCCAAAGUGGAUUCCCCAAAUGAGACGACCUCCCUCACUUCGAGGCGGGUUGAGGGAGCAGCAGCAGCAACAGAUGCAGUGGAGGAGGAAGAAGCAACACAAAUCCCACCAGAGAUCGAUUCAGAACUCCUUUUCGACCUCCAGAUGGUGCUGGAUGGCUUCACGCAAUGCAAGAAGGACGAUGGACAGUUGUACCUUGAUGGGUACCUUAGGGCCUACAGUGAGAUCAACAAAUUCUUCCAAAUCCUUGGCAAUGUGUUCAACUUUGUGGCUCAAGAUGUGCAGAAGAAGAUCACCAUACUCCAGUGUUAUCGCAAGGGGGGAGCAGGUGACUACUACUAUUCCAUUCAGUCCAUGAUUGAGUAUGAGCGUGAAAACAAUCUACUCACGAGCAAGGAUCAGCAGUCCGGGGCGAGGACUUUGCUGCGUCUGCACAGAGCACUCGAGUUCAUCACUGGGUUCCUGUCAGAGCUCCAUAAAGCCCCUGAUGAGAAUGGGCUGGGAAGUGUCACUUCUGAGGUCUACAGCCGCACCCUGGCCAAAUUCCAUGGCUGGGUGGUGGCCAAGACUGUUGGUGCAGUGCUCCUGAUGAUGCCCACCAAACACACCAUUAUAGAGAGGGUAUCUCUGGCAAGUAAACAGGUGACCGGUGGCAUUGAAGCAGUGAGAGCCCACAAUGAAGCUCUCAUGCCCAAAGCAAUAGAAGUCAUGACAUCAGUGUAUAAUUUAACGCAGAAGCUCUACGAGGAUUACGAAAUCCUUGACUUGCCAUAGGAUUUGUGUUUGCUGUCAUGCAAGAAGGAGUACAGACUUGUUUUUGGAAUGGGCAUGUAAAAGAUAGAUUUUAUUUUAUUAUUACUUUUUUAUUUUUUCCUGCUAUUGGUGAAUGUGUGAAGAAUAUGGUAGGGGAUGUAGUAGUCCUUAACCCCAUUCCAGUGGGUCACGUGUACAGGCGUCAUAACAUACCACUUGGUCUGUAAGGUACGGCUGUACACGUGGUGACGCACCAGAACGUGUGGAGUGGGAAGUUCCGCUACAUGUAGUGGACUCCUGCCCCCCAGCAUCAGGAUGCUGCCAGAAAUCACCAGAGCUUAUGAUGCUCAUAGAUUUCUGGCACCUGUCAGUGUUGGGUGAAGGGAGCCCCUUGCCUGCAGAUCUAUGAGAAUGAAUUUAUGUGUGGAGAAGUAAUUUCUCUUUUUUCUUUCUCUCUCCUUUCCUUCCUUCCUUCCCUCUC